AUGGACAGGUUAUUCGGCGCUUCUAUUCGAGCCCAAAGAGGCCUAGACGACGCGGACCACCUCGAGCUUUUCCAAACCUUCGAAAACAACCCGUCCGGCGUCAGUGCUGAAGAGCGCAUCUCACUUCUCGAUUUGCCUCCUCCCUCGGUACCCUCACCCGAAGAGUUGACAGAGGAAGAAAUCAAACUCCUUCUUUCUCGCUUGUGGGCGGGGGUCGACAACGAAGAAGCUUUCUAUGUCCAUGCAACUUGGGAUCUGGACCAAGUGUCCAAAGAGCUUUGCGAUCAGGCAAUAGAGCGAAUGGAUCGCUUUCACAGGUCUCCUUUUGAAGGACACGAAAGCGAUGCAUUCGAUAAGGCGUUGGAAGAGCAUCUGCGCAGAGGCAAAGAGAGCAGCCAAAAAAUGGUGUCAACGGGAGGCUAUGAGGCGGAGCUGUAUAGAGCUCUAGAACUAUCGCUUCGGGAGAUCCGCGUUGGCAUAUUGCAAAUCUAUUGGAAGCUGGAGUCUCCUGACUGGCCUACACAAACUGGCGAUAAUAAGAGCUUCCUGGCCGUUCUCGACGUGUUACGCGCGAAAUUCAAGGAACUUCGGACCCGGCCCUUUCUUGAUCAAUACAGCUAUCCGAAAGAUGGUGCCCCUGAAUUGGGAUGGCCUAUUAGGUCCAGCCCAAUAAGGGCCUUUAAAGAGAAGUACGGAAAGAACCUAUCCGAAGGAGUUUCACAAAAUAAAUUUCUGUACCUGGACCAGGAGGCUGCGAACUCGGUCCUCACUUCCGGCGGAUAUUUGGAUAGGAUGUGA